AUGCCCGAAUUUGCCUCGGGACGUCAAAGACAAGGCAGCGCAAGGUCCCAUCAAUGGUGGGAAGAGAAGAUAGACGAAAUCAUCGUGCUGUGCCGGGCGAGGGACGAAGAAUUUGAGGAAGCUGAGACAAUCGUGGAGGAAUCCGGGGUAAACAGCGAGCCGGACGAUACAAGCUCGGAGGAAGUUAAGCCAACAGUAGAGUCAGAUGAGACAUCACCCGAGCCAGAGGAGACGGGGACGGAUCAAGGCCCCAACGUUGGUAUGCUCGGCGGCACACUGGAGUUCUCGAUGUUCCUGUCAGGGGUCGAGACUUGUUUGGGUAUGGUCUCUGAUCUGUGGGCUGCGGUGUAUAAGAAGGAGACCGCGUUGUGUGUGGCUACCGUUGCGUCGAGCUGUAUGACUCGGUAUCUCACCUCGUAUAUCAAUGAGGCGCAACUCCUAGUCCCCGAAUGGUUCGAACAAGAAGACAAAACACCCAGCCCUUACCCGGGGUUGAACUCGCUUUUUCUAAGCGACCUGGCUCGAUUUAAUGGGUUUGCUGCCAGACUGCGCGACCUUGAUCAAUUGGAAGAGCUUAAGCAGAUUGAUGUCAUCCUCGGAGUGGCGAACAACUUCGUCCAGAAUGCUGCAAAUCUCGAGGCCUUCUGCAACACGUACGCCAGAUAUCUAUACUGGAAAGGUACGCGGCCGACCACAAUCCCACAGCUGAAAGAGUCGCUUCGAACAUGGGUUAUAGGAGAAAAAUCUCCAGCUGCGCAGUCCUCACGUGACAGCAGAAGGGAAUGCACUGAGUUUUUCACCAUUGACAUCGUGAGAAACAGCUUCGAGAAGGGGACGAAGGUUGGCACACUCCAAGCACCCAGCGAUGAAUGGUGGCAGGAAUUGCAAGGCAAGACCCACCUGGAUACGACCAGGCCCAACAUCACGGACGUCCAUCUGGCGCUACUUGGUAGGAGGCCUGUUCCUGUAUAUGCGGCCUUGCAGUCUGCAGCUCGCCAGCUGAUGGCCCUCGACCACGUCAAGCAGAGGACUCAAGUUCUCGCGGCCUUGGCAACUGUACCAAUUGAUGGGGCGCUGUUCCAUGAGUUGACAAACAUACCGACCGCUGGAAGCUGGUAA